AUGACUGAAAAUGAUGCAGAAGAUAUUUUCCUAGACCCCAUUACCCCUACUGCAGGCCCUGCAAAGUUUGCUAAAUUGGUGAAGUUGAGGGGUAAAAACAAAAAAACCUUGGAAAAAUCAACUACCCAACUCUCAUCUGUUGAACCAUCAGCAUCAAAGAAAAACACAGAUGCUUUUCAAAACCUGCCAGUGAAGUGCACCAAGUCAGUCAUUUUGGAUUUGGGAACAUGGUCACUCAAAGCUGGAUUUGCAGGCGAUCCCAGACCCUGUUGUGAAGUGCCAAGCUUGGUGAAUAUGGAACCCAGACGGCGUGUCUAUAAAAUGGGAUUUGUUGGCAAAGGAACUGCGGAAGACCCAAAGGUUAACCCGCUCCAUAAGGGUGUUGUGACAGACUGGGAUGCACUGGAGAAGCUUGUCAGACAUGUAUUUGACACUGAACUCCAUGUUCCUGUUGAAGAACAUGCUAUCUUACUGUCUGACCCACCACUGAGUCCAACCAGCAACCGGGAAAGAUUUGCCGAAUUCAUGUUUGAGACCUUGGGCACGCCUGCGAUGCACAUUGCUCAGCAGUCGGUGCUUUCUGUGUACUCGUAUGGAAACACCACUGGUUUGGUAGUGGACUGUGGCCACGGUUCCUCACACGUCGUCCCGGUUUAUAACGGUUACCAGCUUCCUGGUGAGACCGGCCGAGUGGUUUACGGCGGGCAGAGCCUGAACACGUAUCUGACCAGCCUGUUCCAGAACACAAGCCAAACCGUAUCGGGCAGCUGCAGGUUUGAUGACAAGCUCUUGGAUGACAUCAAGAGGAAGUCCUGCUACGUUCCUGUGGACACCAACACAGACAGGAGCCCAGGUCAUGUUGAGUACAGUCUACCUGACGGGACCACCCUCACUCUGGAUGAAGAGAAGUACCUGUGCCCAGAGGCCUUGUUCCAGCCCAGCCUACUGGGGUCAGUAGAGCCAGGCUUACCAACAUUGAUCAUGAACAGUGUCAACAGGUGUGACAUCCAGUUAAAGAGUGACUUACUCCAGAACAUUCUGGUGUGUGGAGGGUCUACAAUGUUCAGAGGGUUUCCUGAAAGACUGCAGUGGGAAAUGGAUCACUUGGUGCCUAUGAGCUCUGCCACCGUGGUGGCUGUUCCAGAGAGACAGAAUGCAGUGUGGCUUGGAGGCUCCAUCCUGGCUUCACUUGACUCAUUUCAGUCUCUUUGGGUGCAGAGGCAAGACUACGAAGAAAGGGGUGCUUUUGUCAUCUACCAGAAGUGUUUCUAAAUUGCAUUAAAAAACACUUACAACAUAUAUUUUGACUAAUUUAGUCAUUUUGUGUAGUGAUGCAUUUUAUUUGAAUUUGCAACUGAAAAGCAUUAUUUCUAUUUGUCUAGCAGGAACUUGUAAUGACUUCAGGACUUGUGAAACUGUUACACCUACAAAACAAACACUCAAAAUACUCUAAACUUUUCUGAAACAGGAGUAAUACUUAGGGUGGCCACAGUGGGGUGUAAAGAGUGAAUUUCAGCUGGAUGGAGUUUGAAGGUAAAGUACAUAGUUGCAUAAAGUAAUUCAAGGCAUACAAGACUGUUUUAACCCUUUACUGCCUGAGACAACAUUCCAUAAGCUGUUGAAAUAUGAUAUUAAUAUUCAUAUUUUAUGAAUUUU